GGUCCUAGCCCAUGGUGAAACUGCCCAUGUGGGCAUGGCACUGGUAACAAAGUAGGAAAGUUGCAUGACCAGGACAACAAUCUUUUCUUUUCCUUUCUUAAAUUGAUUUGUUUCACAAGACGAAGCCUUGAGUCUUUAAAUUUUCAACGGCAGAGUCUGGUUAUGAAACGUUAUAUCAAUGCUUCUUCAAAAUUUAAUGCUCAAAACUAGACAUUUCUUUCGGUGUUAUACCCUCCUCCAUUUCUGUUCUUCCUCUAUGUGCAUUACUGGUAUUUCUAGUUGCAGCGAAACUAAACAAAUGGUGCUUGAAGUUUAGUUGUAAUGAGUGCAAAUGGUUUGAAAAGCUGAAGCUUUUUGCUCAAUUUAAUGAAAACCCAGUUAGGUUUAGCUGUUUUUCUGUAAGCCCAUUGUGACAAGGACGGAGCUUGGUACCUGGAUCAUGGGGUUUAGCCACUUUUGAAGAAUUCAAGAUAAGAUAAUGGAGGUUGAAAGGAAACGUUCCAAGGGAGGAUUUCUUCAAUUGUUUGACUGGAAAGGUAAAUCUAGGAAGAAGCUCUUCUCGAACAAUUCCGAGUUACCGGAAGAAUCAAAGAGAGUAAAACCCGAGGAAUAUGUAGUGAAGCCGCCGCCUCUUAUGAUGGAGGGGGAUGAGUACACUGCUGCUUCGAAUAAUAGGCGAAGCGGUGAUUUUAAUUCUUCUUCUUCGGUGGCCAGCGAUGAAGGAUACGGAUCUAGAGUGCCUGGAGUUGUUGCUAGGCUUAUGGGGUUGGACUCAUUACCGACACAAAAUGUCUCCGAGUCUUCUUCCGUCCCCUACUCAGGGUCUUGCUCUGUUAGAGUAUCUCAGUAUGAAAGAAGUGCUCCUAGUUUAUGGAACGAAUAUCAACCCACGGACUACACUAACAUAUCUAACAAGCUUGACAGGUCGUCUUCAAAUCUCUUUGAACCAAGGUUUCUUAAGGUGGAGAACUGGUCAAUCGAGAGAUUUCAGACUGAAAUAUUGCCUCCAAAAUCAGCAAAGCCAAUUCCAAUCACUCACCAUAAGCUUUUGUCUCCUAUCAGGAGUCCAGCGUUCAUCCCAACCAAGAAUGCAGCUUAUAUAAUGGAGGCGGCUGCAAAGAUUAUUGAGGCUAGUCCUCAGGCAACUUCCAAAGGUAAAGUGUCAUCAUUUGGAUCCUCUUCGGUUCCUUUGAAAAUGCGGAACUUGAGAGAGAAACUUGAAGCUGCACAUAAAGUAUCGAGGCCUCAAAGAGCUGAUCAGCCUAGUGAGACUACGGUGAAGCCUUUGAAAGUACAGCAUAAGGACAAGAGUCGCAGUAAAUCAGAUUAUACACCGACAUUCAAGAUAACAAAGGACUCGGAAAAGGGCAGUUCUAACUGUUCAAGGAAUAAGGGAAAAUCAGUCUCACUUGCAGAACAAGCAAGGCUUAAUGUUAAGAGGAAAGAAGGGUCAUCAUCGAGUGUAAGUGGGAGUUUUGUGAACCAGAAGGAGAGGAAUGAUGCUAAAAGAAAACAGUUCUCUACAAGUCGGUCAGAUAUACAAAGGACUGUGGAGAAAAGAGCGUCGGCAAACCGGACUAACGGUGUGCUGAGGCAGAAUAAUCAGAAGCAGAAUUGCAUAUCUAAUCGAGAUAAUUCAACAUCGGACCAGCAAGGUAGAAACACAAGGUCCAUAAAUGGUGCAUUAGGGCUUAAUAGGACCAUUAGUUCCAGGAAGACAGUCUCAGUGGCAACUGAUACUGCAAAGGAGGUCCCGAUGUCUAGGAGAAAGAAUUUGCCUAGAAAGAAAUGCCCUGUAAAUGAGGACCUUCCGUCGGGACAAACUGUUCCUGAUAUUUCAUCUACAAAUGGUAGCGAAAGGUCUUUAAAAUGUUAUGUUACAACUGAUGGGCACUUGAAUCAGGAUGCAGAUGUAAAGAAGAAAAACAUGGAUGUUGUUUCAUUUACGUUUGUGUCCCCCUUAUCAAGGUCCAUGCCUGACAUGUCUUCCACUAGUCAAGUUGCGGAAAAGAGAUGCAGCGGCAGCUUUUAUACUGAUCCUUCUGGCGAUAAUGAUAUGCUAUUUUUGAAAAGCUCGGCAUUUCCUUCUUCCGGAUUCAAUAUAAUCGGUGGGGAUGCUCUGAGUGCUAUUUUGGAAAAAAAUCUUCAGGACUUGACAUGUAGAAUUGAGUCAUCCAACUGCGAUAUCGUUAUCAAGGGGGCUUCUGCUAGCCCAACAUCCAGUUGGCAAAACUCCGUGCCCUCAUCUGGCAUGGCUACCACAAAAUCAACAGCACGUCAUAGAAGACUUCAGCAAUCUGAAGAAAUUGAAGAGCAAAAUGCUAGCACCAGCAGCAGUGAGACUGGCAUAGAAGCAGAUAACCAGCACCCUGGCCUACGUUCAACUCUUGAACCUUCUAUCACAAGCGGAGGCUGCUCAGGUAGCAGACAUGGCACCACACCGUUCUUUUCUGUUCAAGAUCAAGAAUUGUUAAAUUGGACCUCUGAAUGUGUAUGCGAGUCUCUGAUGGAAUUUGGUAUGGAGUUAUCCGACACAGCAUCUUCUAAACCAGCUGGAGACACAGACCGAAAGCUUUCAUCUACGGCAUUAGAUUCCAGAGACUAUAAACAGUCAACCAACUGGGAAGUCGAUUUCGUGAAAAUGGUGCUAAAAGAUCCAGAGCUAUUGUUUAUAGAAUAUGCAUUGGGUCAGACUGAAAAGUUUAUGACCCUGAAGACCUUGAAUAAGAUAGAGCAUCUAACCGGCACAGAGAGAAACAGAGAAGAUUACAGGCUCAAACAAAAGCUUUUACUCGAUUGUGUGAGUGAAUGCAUGGAGUCGAGGUAUCGACAGGUUCUGGUCGGAAGCUACAAAGGAUGUGUUGCAUGGAAAAAAAAGAUACAAAACCAGGAUUGGCUGGCGGAGGAAGUGAACAAAGAGAUCUCGGGUUGGAAAAGCGAGGGGGACACAAUGGUGGAUGAUCUUGUAGACAAGGACAUGAGCACAAAGCAUGGGAGAUGGCUUGAUUUUGACAUGGAAGCAUUCGAAGAGGGCGUAGAAAUCGAGAAGAACAUAUUAACUUGCUUAGUUGAUGAAUUAGUUUCUGAUUUAUUGCUUUGAGAUUAGCCUUCAUUUUUGCUUCUGUGGUUCCAUUAUCAAAAUCUCAGCCUCC